UGCAGCAGCAGGACGCCCAGACACGCCUGUUGUUCAGUUCAGGGCGCCACAGCACCGCUCUCAACCGCAUCAACACUCUGCGCUCCAAGCCUGUCAACACCAGGAAUUCUCUCUGCCCGCGUGCUCCUUGUUUGUGGGCCCAGGCGGGUGGCGGUAAUGCAGCUGCCUGCACCUCCCGCACUACCACGUCCUGACCCCGCCACUGGCGUCUCUGGCGUCACUGACACCUUAGUUGCCAUUCAUAUUGCUGCUGCUAGAUGUGGGGAUGGAAGUACGCAGGACAGGGGAAGCAGGCAAGCGCGUAGGGCAGAUCAGCAUGGUGCAGCUGGGAGGGCCAUGACCAAGCUCGCCCAGUUGAAUCUCCUUGUUCAAAAACCAGGCGUGGGCAAGGAGAAGGCGGAUUUCAUGUGGUGGAGGCAGUGGAUGGAUGGGUCUGACCAGAACCUCGGAUGG